AUGCCUGGUCCGAUCCCCAGUGGCACUAAUGUGGGAUCCUCAGGACACUCUCCCAGCAAAGCCGUGGCCGCCCGGGCAGCAAGAUCCACUGUCCGGCAGAGGAAAAAUGCCAGCUGUGGGACAAGGAGCGCAGGCCGCACGACCUCGGCAGGCACAUGGCGGAUGUGGCGAUUCUACACAGAAGAUCCAUCUGGGCUCAAAGUUGGUCCUGUUCCAGUAUUGGUUAUGAGUCUUCUGUUCAUCUCUUCUGUAUUUAUGUUGCACAUUUGGGGCAAGUACACUCGUUUGUAGAUUCAGUUACAUCCAUCUGUCAUCUGAAGAAGGAAGAAAAAACCCAUCAUUUCUUGGACCAAAAGUAUAGUGACUAUCUGUUCACGAGAGAAAUUUUCUGUAAGCUUGCUGUUUUACAGGGGAUUUAUCAAUAAUUGAUUUUGAGGAGUCAGUUUUUUUCUAUGGCUAAUAAACUUUUUAAUUCACUUACAACAAA